CCUUACGUCCCUAUCUUCUUCUGUUCUUCCUUCCUGCGCUGAGUCGAGUCAAGCCACCCCUCUGUUUUUGUCCACCUAAACAACCACCAGUCCACCACCACCACUAAGCCGCCUUACAAACCGCGCUACAACCACCGCCGAUAAAAAGAACGAAGCCCCCGACCACCCGUUACUACCCUCAACUCAGAAAAUCGGUACCAGUUCCACCUGUGAAAAAAGUUGCAACGGAAACUCAAUUCAACUCAGCUUGUCACUUUAAUCCUCAAUCCAAAGAUAGUUUGCUCACCGGUGAUUAUUGGGUAACUCUUUCUAUCUCUCUCUCCACUCCGUCACGUCAUCCCCUAGGGUUUGAAAUUUGGGGGAAGUGGAUUGAAAUUCAAAUGCCCUAUAAACCCUAUUAAUAAGUUCAUCAGUAGUUUUCAAAAUCAAACUGGAUUUAUUCGAGUAAUGCCCAUCAUUGGUUUGGUUUCAAAGAAGCUAAACUCCAGGUUAUUUUCAAUUCCAAGUAAGUUGGUGAAUUAUUCUUUGCGUUUUUCUUGUUGGAUUUCUGAUUUUCCAGCUCAAAAUGUGUCAGGAUUUGAGGGUGAAAAUGAUGGUGAUAUUGAAUGUCCUAUUAACAAAGAAAUUUUUAAUUCGGCCCCGAAAAUGGGUUCGUAUCAGUUGGGUGAUUCCACCUUUUAUUCUCUCAUUGAGACAUAUGCUAAAUCAGGUGAAUUUAGAUUAUUGGAGGGGGUUUUUGAUAGAAUGAAGCGCGAGCGUCGGAUUUUUAGGGAAAAGGAUUUUUUUGUAGUAUUUAAGGCUUAUGGAAGAUCACAUUUGCCUGAAAAGGCCAUGGAAUUGUUUGGAAGAAUGGUGGAUGAAUUUGGUUGUAAGCCGACGGUCCGUUCGUUUAACUCUGUUUUAACUGUUGUAAUUAAAGUGGGUUUGUAUGAAAAGGCCUUAAACUUUUUUGACAGUGUUGUAGGAAGCAUGAAUGUAGUCCCUAAUGUGUUAACUUAUAAUUUGGUUAUUAAAGCUUUGUGUAAGUUGGGAAAGGUUGAUAAGGCUGUAGAAUUGUUUAGAGAAAUGCCGACUCAGCAGUGCGUUCCGGAUGCUUUCACUUAUAACACAUUGAUGGAUGGAUUAUGCAAGACUGAUAGAUUAGAUGAAGCGGUUUCAUUGUUGGAUGAGAUGCAGAUAGAGGGGUGCUGUCCUAUUUCGAUGACAUAUAACGUACUGAUCAAUGGACUUUGCAAGAAGGGUAACAUGUCUCGAGCAGUUAAACUUGUUGAGAACAUGCUCUUAAAAGGAUGUAUCCCCAAUGAGGUGACUUACAACACCCUUAUUCAUGGGCUGUGCUUGGUAGGAAAGUUGGAUAAGGCAAUGAGUCUCUUGAAUCACAUGGUAUCAAACAAGUGCUUGCCUAAUGAAGUCACCUAUGGAACUCUUGUUAAUGGCCUUGUUAAGCAAGGGAGAGCUAGUGAUGGAACUACAUUAUUGCUUUCAUUGGAAGAGAGGGGGUUCCGAGCUAAUGUAUAUGUUUAUUCCUCUCUUCUCAGUGGAUUGUUUAAGGAAGAAAGGAUGGAAGAGGCAAUGAGACUUUGGAAGGAUGUGACAGGGAAAGGGUUUAGUCCGAAUAUUGUCCUUUAUAGUGUUUUAAUUGAUGGAUUAUGCCGUGCUGGAAGACCUAAAGAUGCUAAAGAAGUUUUAUCUGAGAUGAUCGAUAAGGGCCUCCAUCCUAAUUCUUUUACAUAUAGCUCCUUGAUCAAAGGGUUUUUUAAGACAGGUAACAGCCAAGAGGCACUUCUUACAUGGAAAGAAAUGGAAGCUAGUAAUUGUUUUCAUAAUGUGGUUUGUUAUAGUGUACUCAUCAAUGGUUUGUGUGAGGAAGGGAAGCUUAAAGAGGCUAUGGCGAUUUGGAGACGUAUGUUGGGUAAAGGAUUGAAACCUGAUACCAUUGCUUAUACUUCAUUGAUUCAUGGCUUCUGCAAGGCUGGCUUGGUUGAGCAGGGAUUGAAAGUUUUUAAUGAGAUGCUUUUUGAAGGUGUUGAUUCCCGGCCAGAUGUAGUAACUUACAAUAUACUUUUUAAUGGUUUAUGCCACAACAAUAAUAUAUAUCUGGCCAUUGAUCUUCUGAAUGGUAUGUUGGAUCAAGGUUGUGAUCCCGAUCUCUAUACUUGUGACAUUUUUUUGAGGGCUUUUAGAGACAAGAUGAACCCACCUCAAGAUGGGAAAGAGUUCCUUGAUGAGCUUAUUUUACGAUUAUGCAAGCGGCAGAGAGGGUUAGCUGCUUCCAAAAUCCUGCAAUUGAUGUUGCAGAAAGUUUUGUCACCUGAAGCCUCUACCUGGAAAGGAGUUGUAUUGCUCUGUUGCAAAUAUAAGAAAACUGUAGCGGCUCUGGACAGGUGUAGGAGUAACUUAUUCCAGUGACUGCAAUGCAGAUAAGAGGAAGAAUUAUGUCAUUCAGUCAAUGAAAUGUUGCGUACGUUCGACCCCCCCUUACCCCGCUUCUUGCGGGAGCCUCUUUGAGGUUCUUGCUAGCUGGUCGGAUAAAUUGAAAUGGCCAUCAGCUGAAUCUUGGGCAAAUUACUUGAAUCAGUUCAGUAGAAAGGUGGAUACUCUCAUGUUCUUGUUGCUUCAGGUUCAUCUGGAAAGACUAUAUUUCAGGUGUGGCUGCACAAAUAGACGGUACUCCAAUCACUGAUGUCUAGACCUCAAUGAUCUGGAGGUCAGGCUGUGGCAAAUAUUUCUGAUUGCUGAUGAAUGGCCUAAUUUCUAUGGUUUUCCUUGUUAUAAUAUGGUGGAAGAUAAUCUGAUAUUGAACCGUUAAGUGCCUCAGUGGACUGUAUGAGGUCAUGUUGGAGUAUCUUUCAAACCAUUCUGCUCAAUAAAGCCUGACAGUAAGUAGUGCGGCGUAUAUGAUCAACAAUAACAGGGCUUAUCUUUUAAUGAGGCGGCUGUUAUCUGCAACGCUUUCUGCUUAUCCUGUAUUUACUUGUGAUUGCGGAGUCUCUUGAAGAAGGGUCCAUUCUUUUGACGGCCUUGUAUAUUACCUGAGUAAAACAUGGAAGCUGAAUGUCUCGGAUUCAACAUUUUUCUGGAAAUGGACAUGGUUAACGUUAACCAACCUGUGCUAAACUUUGAAGCAACCCGUUUAUCAAUCAACGUGUGCUAAAUGAUGUUGUAUUGGUAGAAUCAUUUUAACAAAUUCCUUCUAAUCGUACUUUUAUAAGAGAUUAAUCCGUUUAAGUUGGCUCCUGAGUAAUUUGGUGUAAUUCUGAAUACACUAGAAUGCUUGAAUAUGUAAUCUACUUCGUAUUAAAUAAUUGUCGUACAUGUAUCAUGUAUGCUUUUGAAA